GUAGAACACGUCUACUUAGUCAAAUGAGGAGUGUUCUAAGAGCAACAUGGUUGCGGUUUUGUAAUUUGAUGAGGUUUUCUCCACCCACUCAGACGUCUCUGAGGGACAAAGCUAUAGCAGUUGCCGGGAGAGUCACUACAGUCAAUGAUAAAGAAAGUUCAAGUGUCUCUUGUCCUGUAUGUUUGAAUGUACUUAGGACAUCAGGUCAUGCUGAGGUGAAAAUGACGCUGGCACUGCACUUGAGUUUAUGGCACCCUGAUGAUGUUAUGCUGCAGUGGGAUAUCAUGCAGAACAACAAGAAAUCAAUUAUUCAUCUGCCUUCUUUGAUUAUUGGAGUUGGAAUGGCUGCUGGGUUCGCAGCUCUUUUGGCUAUUUCCGCCAAGAACCACAGUCGGUUGCCUGUUAAAAUGACAAGGUAAUCCACACUGAAGUUGAGAUAGUAAUCCUGAAAUCAGCCUCAACCAUCAGACUGAAUUUAGCAUCGAUCACCAUGUUAGAGACGGCACUGAAUAUAUACGAGGGCCAACUAGUUCAGUUCUGCCAGGAUAGGGAAACACACUGCAUAUACCUUCAGAUCAAAGCAAUUAAAUCUUAGAAAUGCAAGGAAACUUGAGUUAGAAAGCACCGGAUCAAUCGCAUCUUGUUUCUACCUAGUCUAUGUUGGUGCAAAUACAAUCAAAAGAUACUACCCUCUUGUUUCCCUUCCCCUCCCUUGAUGAGAUUGAUAUUGUUGCAUCUU